AUGUCAGCGGUACCAUCCACAUCGUUACUAACCACGACAGUUCAAACGAACGCAAUCUGUAGCAGUAAUGUUUGUGCGACCACCACGAUAACACCCACAACGACAACGAUCAACAACAACAUCACGAUUAACAUCGGGCACAGCAAGGGCAGCACUGAUAAGAAUAAUAAUAAUAAUGCUAACAACGCUGAUAAAACUGAUCAAGAAAUGACCGAUAAGAACAAUAAUAGUAAAAGUAGUGAUAACGGUGAUAACAACAGCAAUAAUGAUAACAGAAGUGCCUCAUCGCUGAAGCAGCUGAAAAGCAGUUUGCGUUUGGAUUUCUCGUCAUCGUCGUACAAAAAGCAGACGUAUGCUGGGGAUUUGUUCUCGUUGUUUAAAAAUUCACCUGGUUUUUUUACGCAAGAUGCAUUAGCUCAAGUGCAAAAGCUGAAUGGGUUUGUACCAGCCCCGUCACUGCUGAAUUCACCGAGUUUUUUGACACCAUUGAUACCGUCGGCGAAUGCUAAUGGUGAUGCUGCGAAAACAGUGAAUAGCCCCGUGCUGACCAGUCCAACACGGUUGAAAUGCGAGAAACUGAAGAAAUUCGAAUUUGAACCUCUCAAUCAAGAAAUUAAAUUAGCAGCAGCAAAAUUCGUUCUUGAACCCUUCAAAUUGUGUUGUUGGAACGAUGACUUUCGAGAGACUGACUGA